UUCGAGCAUGUUAGCAUGCUGGUCAUCCUUCUGAACUGCGUGACCUUGGGCAUGUUCCAGCCCUGUGAGGAUGUGGAAUGCCAGUCAGAGCGCUGCAAUAUCCUGGAGGCAUUUGAUGACUUCAUCUUUGCCUUCUUUGCGGUGGAAAUGGUCAUCAAGAUGGUUGCCCUGGGGAUCUUUGGCCAGAAGUGUUACCUGGGAGACACAUGGAACCGGCUAGAUUUCUUCAUCGUCAUGGCUGGCAUGAUGGAGUAUUCACUGGAUGGACACAACGUCAGCCUUUCUGCCAUCCGAACCGUCCGCGUUCUCCGGCCACUCAGAGCCAUUAACAGGGUGCCAAGCAUGCGGAUCCUGGUGACAUUGCUGCUGGACACGCUGCCUAUGCUGGGCAACGUCCUUCUCCUCUGUUUCUUUGUGUUCUUCAUCUUUGGCAUCGUGGGUGUGCAGCUCUGGGCUGGACUUCUGAGGAACAGAUGCUUCCUGGACAACAACUUUGCCAGGAAUAACAACCUGACCUUCCUGAACCCCUAUUACCAGACGGAUGAAGGUGAGGAGAACCCUUUCAUUUGCUCUUCACACCGUGACAAUGGCAUGCAGAAGUGUUCACACAUCCCCAUCCGCCGGGAGCUACGAGUAGAGUGUACACUAGGCCUGGAGGCUUACAGCCGCUCCUUGGAGAAUCCCGAUGGUGGUGGCCGAAACUCCUGCAUCAACUGGAACCAAUACUACAACGUGUGCAGGACAGGUGACUUCAACCCGCACAAUGGAGCCAUCAACUUCGACAACAUUGGCUACGCCUGGAUCGCCAUCUUCCAGGUUAUAACCCUGGAAGGCUGGGUUGACAUCAUGUAUUAUGUCAUGGAUGCACAUUCUUUUUAUAAUUUUAUAUAUUUUAUAUUACUAAUAAUCGUGGGCUCUUUCUUCAUGAUCAACCUGUGCCUGGUGGUGAUCGCCACGCAGUUUUCAGAAACGAAGCAGCGUGAGAACCAGCUGAUGCAGGAGCAGCGGGCCCGCUACCUGUCCAACGACAGCACCAUCGCCAGCUUCUCGGAGCCAGGCAGCUGUUACGAGGAGCUCCUCAAAUACAUCGGCCACAUCUUCCGCAAAGUGAAGCGGCGGACCCUCAGGCUAUACGCCACUUGGCAGAAGAAGCGCCGGGAGAAGGUCAACCCCAACGGCGCCCUCCACGGACAGGGGGUCGGGCGCCGUGGUCGCAAACGGGUCCCCUCCAUCCACCACCUGAUUCACCACCAUCACCACCACCACCAUCAUCACUACCACAUCAGCAACGGGAGCCCUAGGGGCCCCUGCGGUAGCCCUGAGGUCCGCGGGGACACGGAGCCUAGAGCGGGGAAGCCCGGCACCCGGCUCAUGCUGCCGCCUCCCCCGUCCCCUGGCCCACAGGGACUCCCAUCCCCACCUCAUGAUGCUGAGUCAGUUCACAGCAUCUACCACGCUGAUUGCCACGUGGAAGCCCCCCAAGAUCAGGGCAGCCGAGUGUCCCGGGCUGCCGCAGGGCUCAAACUGGCCACCGGACUCGGUGGCAUGAACUACCCCACCAUCCUGCCUUCACCUUCAGGGGGCAAGGGUAAUUUGGCUCUGGGUCCUGUGGGGAAGAAGGGCAGUGGGCCGCCUGUCCCUGUAGUGAACAACAGCUCUGUGAGUUUGAGUGCUGACGCCUAUGGGAAGCUGCAACACUUGGUUGGGGAACAUGGCCUCUGCAGGGCUCCCAGCCGGCUGUCAGGCCUGAAUGUGCCCUGUUCCCUGCCCAGCCCCCAAGCAGCCAUGCUGACGUGUGAACUGCAGAACUGUCCGUAUUGUGCCAACAUCUUGGAGGAUCCUGAGUUUGAGUUGAGUGAGUUGGAGACCUACGACUCAGACACCAAUGGCGUUUAUGAGUUCACACAAGACCUGCGGCAUGGCGACCACCGAGACCCCAUCCAGCAGCCACAGCAGGCCCAGCCCCAGAGCGGGGCAAGGCGGCGGGGAGGGUCCCACAGGAAGAAGGCGGCUGGAGAUCGCAGUGGGGUGGCCUGUCUCUGGGCAGCCUUCGGGAACAAACUCAAGCGAAUUGUGGACAGCAAGUACUUCAACCGGGGCAUCAUGAUCGCCAUCCUGAUAAACACCCUCAGCAUGGGCAUAGAACACCAUGAGCAGCCUGAAGAGCUGACCAACGCCUUGGAGAUCAGCAACAUCGUCUUCACCAGCAUGUUUGCCCUGGAGAUGCUGCUGAAGCUGUUGGCCUUUGGGCUUCUGGGCUACAUCAGGAAUCCUUACAAUAUCUUUGACGGCAUAAUCGUUGUGAUCAGUGUCUGGGAAAUUAUCGGGCAGUCAGAUGGGGGUCUGUCGGUACUCCGGACCUUCAGGCUCCUUCGGGUGCUGAAGCUGGUACGGUUCAUGCCAGCCCUUCGACGACAGCUGGUGGUGUUGAUGAAGACUAUGGAUAACGUCGCCACCUUCUGUAUGCUGCUGAUGCUGUUCAUAUUUAUCUUUAGCAUCCUGGGUAUGCAUCUCUUCGGGUGCAAAUUCAGCUUGAAAACUGACACUGGAGAUACCGUCCCAGACAGGAAGAACUUUGACUCCUUGCUGUGGGCCAUUGUCACUGUGUUCCAGAUUCUCACCCAAGAAGACUGGAAUGUUGUGCUUUAUAAUGGCAUGGCCUCCACCUCCUCUUGGGCUGCUCUCUACUUUGUGGCCCUGAUGACUUUUGGCAACUACGUGCUGUUCAACCUGCUAGUAGCCAUCCUGGUGGAGGGCUUCCAGGCAGAGGGGGAUGCUAAUAGAUCUGACACAGAUGAGGACAAGACAUCAGCCAACUUCGAGGAAGAUUUUGAAAAACUGAGAGAUCUACGAGCCACAGAGAUGAAGAUGUAUUCACUGGCAAUGACACCCAAUGGGCAUCUGGAGGGACGUGGCACCCUGCCUCCACCUCUCAUCACACGUACUGCAGCUACACCCAUGCUGACACCCAAGAGCUCCCCCAACAUGGAUUCUGUCCCCAACCUCCUGGACUCACGCAGAGGCAGCAGUGUCUCUGUGGACCCCCAGCACUAUGACCAGAAGUCAAUGUCCAGCCUGCGCAGCUCUCCCUGUGCCAACUGGGGCCCCAGCAGUGCGUGGGGCAGCAGGCGCUCCAGCUGGAACAGCCUGGGCCGGGCGCCCAGCUUAAAGAAAAGCCAGUGUGGGGAGCGCGAGUCCCUCCUCUCCGGGGAGGGCAAAGGCAGCACAGACGAGGAGUCGGAUGACGCCAAGCCGGGCUCAGCUGGCCGGGCGUCCCAACUGCGCCGGGCCGAGUCCCUGGACUACCGAAGUACGUCAGACCUGCGGGAGGGGCUCCAACGGCUGCCCCCACGCCCAACUGCUCUGCUGCCCCGGGAGUGCCGGGACUGCAAUGGACAGAUGGUGCACGUGCCCAGCGAGUUCUUCCUCCGCAUCGACAGCCACAAGGAGGACCCUUCAGACUACGAUGAUGACAUGGAUGAUAGCUACUGCUUCCGACUAAAGAAGAUGUUGGAGCCCUACAAGCCAGAAUGGUGUAAGACUCAUGAAGACUGGUCCUUCUACAUAUUUUCACCUCAGAACCGAGCCCGGGUCACAUGUCAGAAGGUCAUUGCCCACAAGAUGUUUGACCAUGUGGUCCUGGUGUUCAUCUUUCUCAACUGUAUCACGAUAGCCCUAGAGCGACCUGACAUUGAUCCUAACAGCACAGAACGAGUCUUCCUGAGUGUUUCCAACUACAUCUUCACAGCGAUCUUUGUGGCUGAAAUGAUGGUGAAGGUGGUGGCCCUGGGCUUUUUCUCUGGGGAGAACAGUUAUCUGCAGAGCAGCUGGAAUGUGCUCGAUGGGCUCCUGGUCUUUGUCUCCAUCAUCGACAUCAUUGUCUCCAUGGCCUCAGCUGGUGGGGCUAAGAUCCUGGGCAUCCUCCGGGUUCUGCGGUUGCUGAGGACGCUGAGGCCACUUCGGGUGAUCAGCCGAGCCCCGGGCCUCAAGCUGGUGGUAGAAACCUUGAUAUCAUCUCUCAGACCCAUUGGAAAUAUUGUCCUCAUCUGUUGUGCCUUCUUUAUCAUCUUUGGUAUUCUUGGGGUUCAGCUCUUCAAGGGUAAGUUUUAUUACUGUGACGGGCCAGACACUCGAAACAUCACCACCAAAGACGACUGCUGUGCAGCCCGUUACCGCUGGAUCCGGCGCAAGUACAACUUCGAUAACCUGGGUCAGGCUCUUAUGUCCCUUUUUGUGCUCUCGUCCAAGGAUGGCUGGGUGAACAUCAUGUAUGACGGCCUGGAUGCCGUGGGCAUCAACCAACAGCCCAUCCAGAACCACAAUCCCUGGAUGCUGCUGUACUUCAUCUCCUUCCUGCUCAUCGUCAGCUUCUUUGUCCUGAACAUGUUUGUGGGCGUGGUGGUGGAGAACUUCCAUAAGUGCCGGCAGCACCAGGAGGCGGAGGAGGCGCGGCGGAGGGAGGAGAAGAGGCUUCGCAGGCUGGAGAAGAAGCGUAGGAAGGCCCAGCGCAGGCCGUACUAUGCUGACUACUCACCCACCCGGAGGUCCAUCCACAGUCUGUGCACCAGCCAUUACUUGGACCUGUUCAUUACCUUCAUUAUCGGGAUCAAUGUGAUCACCAUGUCUAUGGAACACUAUAACCAGCCCAAGUCCCUGGAUGAGGCCCUGAAGUACUGUAACUAUGUCUUCACCAUCGUCUUCGUCUUCGAGGCUAUGUUGAAACUGGUGGCCUUUGGGUUCCGUCGAUUCUUCAAGGACAGGUGGAAUCAGUUGGACCUGGCCAUAGUGCUUCUCUCCAUCAUGGGCAUCACCCUGGAGGAAAUCGAGAUGAAUGCCGCCUUGCCUAUUAACCCUACCAUCAUCCGAAUCAUGCGUGUACUCCGCAUUGCUCGAGUACUGAAGCUACUGAAAAUGGCCACUGGGAUGCGGGCCCUACUGGACACCGUGGUUCAGGCUUUGCCCCAGGUAGGGAACCUUGGCCUGCUUUUCAUGCUCCUGUUUUUUAUCUAUGCUGCCCUGGGAGUGGAGUUGUUUGGAAAGCUGGAUUGCAGUGAAGAUAACCCAUGUGAAGGCCUGAGCAGACACGCUACCUUCACCAACUUCGGCAUGGCCUUCCUCACCCUCUUCAGGGUGUCCACGGGUGACAACUGGAAUGGAAUCAUGAAGGACACUCUACGGGAGUGUGCCCGCGAGGACAAGCACUGCCUGAGUUACCUGCCUGUCAUCUCACCCGUCUACUUCGUCACCUUCGUCCUGGUUGCCCAGUUUGUGCUGGUCAACGUGGUGGUGGCUGUGCUGAUGAAGCACCUGGAGGAAAGCAACAAGGAGGCACGGGAGGAUGCAGAGAUGGAUGCUGAGAUUGAGCUGGAGAUGGCCCAAAGCGGCACGGCUCCUGCUGCUGUGGUCCGAGGCCCGGGGCCCCCACCUGGCCCGGACAGCCGGCCACCCAUGGGGAGCCACCAGGCUGGGAGCCCUGAGUCCACUCUGUCCACAAAGCAGAAAACCCUGGAAGGCACUGGCUCUUCCAGGGAGUCCCGAAACCUCCUCGUGGUGCACAAGGUUGCUGUGUCCAGGAUGCACUCCCUACCCAAUGACAGCUACAUGUUCCGGCCUGUGGUGCCAGCCACAGCCCCAAAUACCCUGCAGGAGGUGAAGAUGGAGACAUACCCAGCGAAAGCCCCAACAGGCUCAGUCACCUCUGUUCACUCCCAACCUAUGGAAUCCUGUUCAGCCCUACAAGUCCCAGUGGAAAAUGCAUCGCUCCCAGCCGCGUCUGGGUCCUCCCUUUCCGCCUGUGCUGAGGUUCCAAGGUCCUCACAAAGUACUCCAAGGUCACCAAGCCUGAGUAGGCUGCUCUAUAGACAGGAAGCCUUGCAGACUGAUUCCCUUGAAGGUCAAAUUGCAGAUUCCAGGGACAACCUUACAGGAGAGCCCAGUGAGAAGACCCAGACAAAGCGGGCCCCAUUGGGCAGCCUGGGUGCCUCCCUGAUGUGCCUCAGCCCUCUCUCCCUGCCAGGGACGCCACCUCGCUCUCCAGCCUCAUCCCCACACUCCCGUCCUGCCAGUGUCCGCACCCGCAAGCACACCUUUGGCCAACGAAGUAUUCCCAAGCGGCCCACUGGGCAGAGCAGAGACCCCACCACAGACCCUGAGACCUCAGACCCGGCUGAUGAGGAAGUGAGUCACAUCAACAGCUCAGCCCGGGUGUGGAGGCCCCAGGCGGAGGCCCGCAGCCACUCAGCUUCCACGUUCACUUCCCCAGCCCGAAAGGCUUCUGCUUCCCCUAGUGAUGGCCAUAUGGGAGGCAGUGGGCAGGACAAAGACCUGAAGAAGUUCUAUAGUGUUGAUGCUCAGGGCUUCUUGGACAAACCCGACUGGGCUGAUGACCAGCGGCGUCAUUCGGUAGAUGGGGAUAGCAUCUAUGAGGAGUCCGGGGAGAAAAAGGCCAGGUCAUUUGGCCCAGCUGAGGCCGAGCCUGCCCCAGGGGUACGAAGGAAGAAGAAGAUGAGUCCCCCUUGUAUUUCCAUCGAUCCUCCCACAGAGGAUGAGGGCACCACAGCUCCUCGCCCCCCAGUGUCUGAGAGCAGUGCGACCACUCUGAGGAGGAGGACGCCAUCUUGUGAGGCUGCCCCAACCCCCACAGCCUCCCAUAGGGACUCUCUGGAGCAGGGAGAGAGUGCGGCAAGUGGGAAUGAUAUGCCCCCCAAAGGGGAGUGGCGAGUCCCAGCCCAGUGCCGUUCAGAGCUCCUAAUGGUUCCCAACUUCUCCUUUGAGCUGCCAGAUACAGGUUCUCCAAGUGGUAGUCACUUUUUGGACAGUGGCCAGACCAUGCCUGCCAUCUCCCGGCCAGAUGCGGGAGAUUGCCCCAUUGGGGCAACAACUCCCAUGGAACUCCAAAAAACAGAGCAUUUCAAAUCUUCUGGAGACCCCCCUGAGAAAGGCCAGGAACUCCUCCUCACUGUUCCCCAAAGCCCCCAGAAGAAGUCAGGACCACCCCCCACAACACCCACUACACAUGAUCGAAUAGAUGAACCAGUAUAGCUUUGGGGAUGGGUGUCACUAAGGGCUUUGAUGCUCAGAUUUAGGUCCAUGCCCAGCAGGGGAGGGGGAGAGAAGGGGAUGGCAAGAAUGCAGCCCCACUCUGGCAGAGCUGGGCUGAGCUGGGAUUGCCCAGGGCCCGGGCCCAGGCCGGGGCUAUGACCCCGUAGGUUUGCAGGAGGCCAGGCAGUGGGGCCUACCAUUGGAGCCGAUCCCAGCCAGGGGGCAGGGAGGGCAAUGCAAACAUUUUUUUCUUUUGGAAACAGUACAGGGAAGUCGCUUUUUUGCCCCCCAUAAGCCUCAAUCACAUUGAUUCAGGUUUGGGUUCUUUUUUCUUUUUCCGCCUCUAAACGGCACCUUAUUGUGUAGAAAUGACACAGUACAUGAAAGUGCCCGGGCGACGUGAGCUGUACAGUGUCUGUAUAUCAGCAGUUCUAUAAAUAGAAAUAAUGUAUUUGUGAGAUAAAAAAAGAAAAUGACAAAAAAAAUCUGUCUUCAUAAUGCACAUAUUUUUAUAGAGAAUAAUCCAAAAUGUUGGCCAUUAACCUCCUUCCACAGCUAAGUGGUGUUUCCUUGUGUUUAAUGUGGGAGUGAAUUUCUUUUUCAUUUUCUCUUCCUUCCUUUGCCCUUCUCAUCCCUUUCUUGUCAUCCUCUCAACUUCACCUUGCAGGGGACAUUUCUGGGUGUCUCCCUCUCUUCAGUUCAAGAAGCAUCAUGUCCUCCCUCUGGGGAUAACCAAACCACUACUGACUAGGGCAAUAAUAUAGCGUCAUCCUUUCCCUCCUUCAUCCUUCGCUCCUCUCAUCCCCCCCCCACUCCCAAGCAAUCUUCCCAUAGUAUGUGUGACUUUUUGGUGUUUUAUUUGACAUUUUCUCCUCCUACCAAUUCAGGUUAAAUGUUGCAAUAAUCGGAAGAGAUGUACUCAACGUUUAGCUUCUUGGGCCCAAGGGCCUUGGAGAAGGUG